AGAGUGUUUCGGACGGUUCAACAUAAUACAGCGGGGUGUAUGGGGUCCUUCCCGGGGGUGACAGUCCGACCCUAGGGACGUUUAUACAUGUUUGACAUGGGUUGUCGACAGCGAGGAGAUUGGCGAGUCUACACAUAACACAUGUUGACGUCGCCAAUGUGAAAGUAGGACAGUCACCACCCACACAUCUACAUGUGUCGCUUAUCGCAAUGUGACCGAUAUUUCGUUCAAUCACAGACCUUGGCGCUCAUUUCGAUAAAAUACACAAACUGAAGGCAGACAUUUUAGAGACACGUGUGGACUAAAAUCCGUUCUGGAGAAAUCUUAAGAAGGACAUGUUAUUUUCACGGAGCUGUUCCGGGGAGUGUGCCAUGUUCAUUGUCCAAAUGAAGAUUCAUUUCUCCGUGUGAUUAAACGGCUGGAACUGAAAGAGAACUCCAACCAGUUGAAGUGGCCCAACUCAAACCUAUCGCAUCACCUCCACUUCCUGGUUCUAGUUAUAGAAUUACAGAUUGAAGUGACCAGAAACCCUGUAUCCAGUGUGAGCACAAAGUAGUCAUCUGGUUGCCCUGACCAGUGGCUAGUGUGUGGAUGGACCAAUCGGCAGUCUUCUACCUUAUGAUACCAUUAGCCUUGGUAACACUGUCAUGAUUAAGAUCUGACUGAUUAAAGAUGGAAAGGCUGGAAAAGUUUCAGAUAAUUUUCAACAACCCCACGGCCACCUAUUCUGCUGGGGAGACUGUGUAUGGGUAUGGAUGGGUGGUAGUCAAAGACCCAGUAUUUGUGGAAACGGUUUGCAUGGAAGCUGUGGGAGAAGCGAAGGUUGAGUGGAUGACCUCCAGUGACAUACAGGCAUCAGAUGAAGAAGUGUUUAAUUACACAACCAUCCUCCCCAUCAAAGGUGAGAAGGACAUGAAAGAUGGCGCCUUUCUUCAUCCAGGCUCACAUUAUUUCCCUUUUGAGUUUACAUUACCACAAAGACUCCCCUCGUCAUUCAAGGGCAAACAUGGCCGACUUCGCUACUUUGUUAAGAUGACAAUCUGUACAGCAGGAGGACCCCACCCUACACGUACCAGUAAAUUCGCUGUCAUGGGUGCCCUUGACCUUAACGCUGAACCUGAUGCAGCGCUUCCGGUAGAAAACGACACAUUUGAGGCAGUAGGGUCUUGGUGCUGUGUUGCUGGUACUGUAACCGCAGCCAUCAAACUGGAACGAAAAGGUUUCGUCAUGAAGGAGGCAAUUCCUGUCUGGGCGGAGAUAAAGAACCUCAGUACUCGCAGAAUUAAAUCUACACAAGUGUCCCUCAUACAGAAUGUAACCUACUAUUCGUAUAGAGGGCGCUUCUCAGAGUCAACGACCAUGGUUACGGUACACAAAGGUGGCAUUGCCCCUCGUGGUAAACAGACAUGGCAGAAAGAGUUACUAAGCAUUCCAACAGUACCAGCAUCUCACCUACGGGGCUGUAAAAUUAUAGAUGUACAAUACAGUAUAGAGCUGUGUAUCAAACCCUCAGGAUUUGCCAAGAAAGUUCGCCUGCCAGUGGAUAUUGUGAUAGGUACCGUGUCUAUUGAGGAUACACAGUGCCACAAGGCAUCCUAUCACCCGCUUCCUUCCAUCGUCAGUGACAACAGUUUCCCGUACCCAUUCUUCGAGACACCGUCGGAUCAAGUGUAUCUGACAGACAUUUCAUAUCACCAACACAUGCUGCCGACAGCCCCGCCUUGGGAAAGUGACGAUGAUAUUCCCUGAUAUGCUCAGUAACAAUCACCCACAGGGAUUUUAAUCACGUAACCUAUCGUCGAUGGAAGCAAAUCUCAUUUCGUUGUCUCGACGACAGACCUAAAUAUCAUUGUCAAACAACACUUUUCAUUGGACAGAAGAUAUCUGCAUUUGACUAAUCAAUGCUCAAUGAGGGUUAUGGAACCGGGAAUUGUGUGAAGUGUGAGAAAUGAAUUUGUGAAUGAAACAGGUCACCUGACCUGUCAUGUGACCAGGGGUUGAGGACUAUCAUGAGGACCUAAAGAUUUAAAGUGAAUGAUAGGUGUCGAAAGUUUGAUGAAUGGGAAAAAAUGGAGGGAGAAUACAAGAAUUACACCAUUGCUGAUAAAGACUUCAUCCCGGCAACAACUUUUUUGAAGCUGACCUAGGGAAAUAUUCCAGUUUUGGAGACUUUAUUUUGAAAACAAAUUUUGUUGUUGGUCCAAUGAAGAUGUAACCUUCAUUUUACCUUGGAUAAGAUGUUAUGUCACUAUGGAGGAAGCUAUAGUUAUACAUAUAGCUACAUUGAAGCGGAAUGCUGAAAGACAACUUCAUAAAAGUUUGCCAUUGCCCGAGAAAAGUUGUAACCUUGGAAUUUGUGGAAGUUAUCACACACGUUUGUGGAUGUAUUGAAAUCAGAGUUACAUGUGUGUUUGUUUCCAUGGUAACAUGCAUAAUUGUUGUCAUUUGUCAGCCAUUGCAGACUCAUUUGUAGAAUCUAAAUGUAGAAAGUGUAGAUAUUAUUACUAUAUUCAUCUGAAAAUAAGUCCCUGUCAAAAAGUUUGCCUUUGUAAAUUUAAUAAAGUUUUCAAUUUGUGUUCACACAUGAUGUUCGCAAUUAAGCUCCCCUUCAGAACUAAAAUUUUGGCACAAGGGGAUUGGCUUAUUUCAUAAUGAAUACAGUAAUAAUAUUAUUAGGUUUAGUAACAAGUUCUACACCUACAGCUCUCUGUUUGAGGAUGACUACCUGGUACCGUAAAUCUCUGUUUGAGGAUGACUACCUGGUACCGUAAAUCUCUGUUUGAGGAUGACUACCUGGUACCGUAAAUCUCUGAUACUUUAUCUUACCUACGGGUAUAUUUUGACUGCUGUUUUGUUUAGAAAUGGAUACAAUGUAAUAUACACAAACAUCUUUAAAUGUCCAUAAGGGUUUGACACCAAGAUCCAUAGGUUCACAAUAUAUAAUCCAAAUCAAUUUAGAAUCUGACAGAAAUAACUCUCCAUCACUGUGUAAAUAUAUUUUUAUUAUUUUUUAUACUUCUUUGAUGAUUUUUAGGUAAUAGUGUAAUAAAAUUUUGAUAAGAAAUUUCUAUUUUGAGCCAUUUACUCUCAAAUACUCCUGUCUGUCAUCAUCUGUUGAUUUUGGUUUGUGUUAUUACAAGGCUCAUAAGUUCCAUCCGGGCUAAUUAACUGUUAUACAAAAAAAAAGUUGUUUACUAACUCCCAUCUUCAUAAUAACUAUAAACAAAAGUUUGUCUAUGUAAUUUAUCUUCUCAGAUUUGGAAACUAUUACUAGGGAUAAAAAUAAUUUUGUUCACAAUCAAAUUAGAAAAGAUUCUAUUAGAAAAUUUGAUAUGAUAAAUUAUUAGACUUACUAAACUAAAUCUAGCUAUUAUAAGUAAAGAUUUUCAAUAUGUACAAUAUAAGAGUGAAAAUAUUAUGCAAAUAUCCUUGUUAAUUAAUAUUGUACACGAUCUGAGGUGAAUUUCAGUACACCUGUACUGGAAGUCUUCUCUCGGGUGUCGGGGAUGGAUACAUGAAUUAGCCGCCACGGUAUAUAUAUACAUGUAUAUAUAUAUAUAUAUAUAAACCUAUAAGCUUGUGAAUGUUAAAUCAUCCAUAACUUUAAUACACCUGUGAAAGCCUCUAGCGGGCAAUAAUAAUAAAUUCUGAAAACAGAUUGUUUUAAUACCCUGACCUUGAUUCAGCUUAGUCAUUAAACUCUGACUAUAGGACACAGGUGUAAAUGUUCAGCAUCCGUAUCAGAUAUCAGUAUUCAUGUAAAUGUUCAGCAUCCGUAUCUGUAUCAGAUAUCAGUAUUCAUUGAUAUUUCUGGGAAUGGGAAAAAAGACAAAUAUGCUACUUGAGAAUAAAGAGCUGUCCAUAGUUUAAGAUGAUAAGUAUUUUCCUGAAACUACUGUAAACAUUAUAGUACAAAUUCUGCUGGUAUAUUGUUGUCUUUUCAGACAUAACUCAUUCAUGUAUAAUAGUGUUUAAUAGUGUCAAAAUAUUCCAAGUGCUAAAUGUAUCAAACACAGUAAAUUACAAAGUGCUAAAUGUGCUAUGUCCAGCAAAUUAUUGUACAUGUAAUAUAAUGUGAAAUGAACGGGUGAUGUUAAUGUCUGUUUGAACUACUACAUCAAGGUAUUAUAAUGUCAUUUAGUGCUAAAUAUACAAGGUAGUGUUUAUAAUGUCAAAGCAAGAGUGCUAAUUAUGUGAUCUUGAAUUUAUAGAUUUAUAGAAUUUAGUUUUUUGUGAUUUUGUUUUAACAUUAAAUAUGAAAAGAAAUGCUAAUAUGAUGCUAUUUCUUGCUAAACUAUGGCAUAUAUGCAUACAAAAAACUAAUUAGUGCUAAAUGUUUAUACUUAAUGAGGAUAAGUAAUAACUUAUAAUGUAAGUGUUGUGUGUACCAGGUCUCCAUAAACCGGUGUUUAAUCAUUCUGACACGUUAUCUAUAAAUCCUGUAAGAGGAUUUGUGUGUUACCAUAUUAAUCCUGUAAUAAGCCCGGGCGGACAACACACUCAGGAAUAUAAUCCAAGCUGGAGUAUUACAAAACAGAAUCAGCACUUGUUUAUAAUUCUAUAGAAUAGCAAAAGAUAUGGGCUGGCUUAUUACAGGAUAAAUAUGAUAUUUAGGAUUUGAUCAAUUAAAUGUCAUUGUCAUGGUCUACCAUUGCACAGUUACACAGACGUGUGUUGUAAAUGUAAUGUAAUGUAAACUUUAUAUUUACAACAAUUGCAAAACAAGAUAUCUCAACAGUAUAGGGACAGGUCUUCAAUAUAAUUACGUAUCUUAAGUCAUGUAGUUAAAAAAUGUUCUGAUGUUUUAUGAGGCAUUCUUUAAAUAUAUCCAGAUGUAUAUCACGAGAGACAAAAUGUUGUUUACAGGUAAACAUAUGACACCUGGGUAAACACAUGACACCUGGGUAAACACAUGACACCUGGCUAAACACAUGACACCUUGGUAAACACAUGACACCUGGGUAAACAUAUGACACCUGGGUAAACACAUAACACAUGGGUAAACACAUGACACCUGGGUAAACACAUAACACAUGGGUAAACACAUCACACCUGGGUAAACAUAUGACACCUGGGUAAACACAUCACACCUGGGUAAACACAUAACACAUGGGUAAACACAUGACACCUGGGUAAACACAUAACACAUGGGUAAACACAUCACACCUGGGUAAACAUAUGACACCUGGGUAAACAUAUGACACCUGGGUAAACAUAUGACACCUGGGUAAACAUAUGACACCUGGGUAAACACAUGACACCUGGGUAAACACAUGACACCUGGGUAAACACAUCACACCUGGGUAAACAUAUGACACCUGGGUAAACACAUGACACCUGGGUAAACAUAUGACACCUGGGAAAACAUAUGACACCUGGGUAAACAUAUGACACCUGGGAAAACAUAUGACACCUGGGUAAACACAUGACACCUGGCUAAACACAUGACACCUGGCUAAACACAUGACACCUGGCUAAACACAUGACACCUGGCUUAACACAUGACACCUGGCUGUGGUUUGUGUUGUAGGUUUUCUCUGUAGUGUAUGAUUAUUUAUCAAAUACAUUUCACUUUUUUUAACAGCUUGUCUGCUUAAGUGUAUAUUGUAUACAACAGAUAUAAAAAAAAUUGUUUUUCAAAUCUCAAGACAUUACUCUCAUUCGCGUAUAUAGGCGGUACCUAUGCUGUAUGUUAACUACAAACCUCAGAAAACGUUUCUAUUUUCUGGGAUUGGUUCAUGUGAAACAGCAUCUGAUUGGCUGAUUUAGUUGUGCGAGUCCUUAAGUAAAGGACACAACUUUUAUCCUACAAACAAAUUGUCAUAGAAAAUGAAUCUACUUGUUAAUGUAAUCAUGUUGUGUCCACUCAGGAAAUGCUUUCAUCCAAUCAAAAUCAAGAUCCCAUUCUUCCAUAUGUGUUGUUCCAUGUACCAUUAAUACCCUGUGAAAAUCAUAAGGAGUUAAAUAAUAUUUUCAUUGAACUGCAAUGUACGUGGGUGGGCUGAUUAGCAGGGCGGAUAAAUAUGGUUAUCAAUCAUGCCAUUACCCUUUAGCCAUUGUACAUUUGUCAGUAGAUUCUUGAACUCAGUAAAUCCUUCCAUUAUACUAACAUAUCAUUCUUCCAGAUGUAUUUCAUAUGUUUAUUAGUCACAUUGAUUGUAACCUGUGGUCAUUUUCACUCAACCAUGUGUAGCUAUAGGUUUUUGUGCAAUAACCACUUAUGAGACCAAUAUCGUCCCUGUUAAUUUUGUCUUGUAUGAAAUUACAGAACCCAAACAACUAUAGUCCAGACCAAAGACUGUCCAUUAGUGUUGUGUGGAGUUAUAGACCAAUAAAUUUCCAGGAAGCUGACCAAGUCCUUGGGCAAGACCCUUAAUCCCUGCUAACAAACAUUGUAGCAUGCAUUAUAUCUCCUGUAUGAUGUUAUGUUUGGUAGCCACCAGCUACUACAAGGUAACUCUGCCUCAAACUGAUCAUACAUCUCUGAACUGGUUAGUUACUUACAGAUUAGAAUUAUGCUGUCAACAGUAAUCUCAGAAAACAAGAUUCCACAGUGGUUACCUCAAGUUUUGCCAGGUUUUUUUUUGUAACAUUGGACCAAGUAGGAGCCCAUGUUAUCCCGUAGCUCAUGAUUAUAUGUUCCUUUAAAAAUAUUGUUUUGUCUACCAGGCGUAGAGGUUAAUUUGCUGGAGCUGUUGACCAUUGGGCCAACCCUAUUAUCUAUUAUUUUAUCCUUGACAUUUGAAAAAAACUGAUGCUGAGAGAAAUUUCUUUAAGAAAAGUUCUGUGAAAUAUAAGUAUUUAGUUUAUACAACUGUAGAUAUAUAUAUAUAUAUUUUAUGCUUCUUCUGUGAUAGUAUCAAAAUGUUUAUCUGUUUCAUAAUUAUAUUGUACCGGUAUUGCCAAAAAUUGUAGAAAGUAUAGAACGCAUUAACUAUGUGAUUGAGUUUUAAAUGACAACACGAUGAUUUAGGUAUGUUAUGUGUUUUUGUAGUUCUCUUUGUCAUAAUUAAACAAUUUUAACAGUCUUUCAAUUAUCAAUUGAGCACCAAAUUUUGAACAUUGUAAUGUUCCAUGUAUAAGUAAUUAUACACUAGUCAGAUAUGCCAUUAAUUGAUAAUUUAGAAAUAUAUUAAACAGUGUAGGUUUUAAUUAAAAUUAAUUAUUUAGUUAACUCCUAUAUUCCUGAUAACUUCAAAACAAUAAUAUGAAAUAUAAACGGGAAGGAACACAUUCCUCAAGUGAUAAUGAGCUGGAAGAUUUUUGAAUUCAUAUCACCAUGAAAAGAAUUAUAUAUCUAAAAUUUUCUGUCUGGUUGAGAAAAAAACAUGAAUCAAAUGGACGAUACUUCAGGGCUCCUCAAAUUUCAUCAUUUUUUCUUUAUUUAAAUCCUUUAUUUUUUUCAUUAGUAGUGUUUUUUUUUUAAUAUGAUUGAAACAAGAUGUAAGCAGAUCUUGAAAUCCAUGUUGCUUCAUGCAUGUCACAUGAUCCAUCUAUAAAUUGAACUUGUUUAGUUAUUAAGAUGGAAACUGCAUUCAACGUAAAACUUUCAAGUUAUAACAUUGCCAAGGAAAUUUUUAUAUCAUAAAACGGUUUUCACUGUAUAAAGAGAUUUGGCGAUGUAAGAUGUUUUAAUGGUAUAAAAGAUUUUCACCGUAUAAAGUGAUUUAGCGAUGUAAGAUGUUUUAAUGGAAUAAAAGGUUUUCUAUAGUCUAUAUAAUGACACAUCUAUUGUCAGUUGUAGGGUUUUAACAAGUAAACAAUAACUAAUGGCCAAAACAGUAACAAGAACAGAAAAGAUUAAUACACAUGUAUAGGUAAUGUCAGGUAGACUAUAUACAUCACAAUCAAAUAUCAUAAUUCAUAUAUAACUUCUUCAUUGAAUAUGUCGUUGAUCUGUUCAUAAACGUCUUGUUUUUCUCUUAUUGAUAUGUUAUAAUGUAUUAUAAAAUUUUGCAUUGAAAAUUUUAAUUUGUUACCAUAUAUAUUUUCAUGUGCAUGUCUUUUCAUGUAAAAAAGAAUUUCAUUGAUAUGUUUUCAUGUGUCAUCAUUUUAUCAUUGAAUAUUAAUUUGUACCGAUUGUGUAUAUUUGUGCUGUCUUAAGCAAUCAAAUAAUGUUCUAUUUUCUGUACAAGCUGAAGGUACCAGAACGCAAGGCUAUGCAACAAGGGGAGACUACCCAGAUCUGGGUGGAUGUGAUACCUAUAUAUGUGUAAGGUGUGUGGGGCGACGCCCACCAUCUCACAAUUACCAAUAAAUUGAAAAUAAAUAUUA